UUUUGCAGGUGGUCUCCAUCUGUCAGUCGAUUAAUCUAUACAAUAUUAAAAAUCCACUUGAUGUUAAUUUAGGAAAAUUAUUUUAUUUUGUUGGUGAUGGCCUGUCUCCCAUCUUCUUCAAGUUUCAACUCUGGACUUUUCAAAUUUACAAAAUGCAGUGCUGUGAUUCAUCUUUCUUCUUUGUUCCAUCUUCGGCUGAAUUCUAAUCCUUUUUUCUGUUACUUCCGGAAAGCCAUGGAGUUCCUGAGCUCAAUUGUGGGUCUGAUCCCCUGCUUCUAUGAUCACACCUCCAAGCAUACGGUCUACAUUCGUGAUCUGAAAAAAAAUCUCCAAGCCUUGAGCAAGGAAACGGUGGAGCUCAACAACUUGUAUGAAGAUGUGAAGGCAAGGGUUGAAGGUGCAGAGCAACGACAGAUGAUGCGCAGAAAGGAAGUGGGUGGCUGGAUCUGUGAAGUAGAAGUCAUGGUGACAGAAGUUCAAGAAAUUCUGCAAAAGGGUGAUCAAGAAAUCCAGAAGAGAUGUCUCGGAUGCUGUCCCAGGAAUUGUUGGUCUAGCUACAAGAUUGGGAAGGCAGUAAGAGAAAAGCUGGUUGCUGUAUCUGGUCAAAUCGGCAAAGGACAUUUCGAUGUUGUAGCCGAGAUGCUUCCUCGUCCUCUAGUAGAUGAACUGCCCAUGGAGGAGACUGUGGGCUCAGAAUUGGCGUAUGGCAGAAUCUGUGGGUUUCUCAAAGAUCCACAAGUGGGAAUUAUGGGAUUAUAUGGAAUGGGCGGUGUGGGCAAAACCACCCUCUUGAAGAAAAUCCACAAUAACUUCCUCCCUACAUCCAGCGAUUUUGAUGUUGUGAUUUGGGAUGUGGUGUCGAAACCGUCCAACGUUGAAAAAAUUCACAAAGUUCUUUGGAAUAAAUUACAACUCUCACGUGAUGGAUGGGAAUGUAGAAGCACUAAGGAGAAGGCUGCCAAAAUAUUGAGAGUUUUGAAAACAAAGAAGUUCGUGUUGCUGUUGGAUGACAUCAGGGAGCGACUCGAUCUCCUAGAAAUGGGGGUCCCCCAUCCCGAUGCUCAAAAUAAGUCCAAGAUAACAUUUUCCUCCUUGUUCACAACCCGCUCACAGGAUGUGUGCCGCCAAAUGCAAGCUCAGGAGAGUAUAAAAGUGGAGUGUUUGUCAUUAGAAGCAGCUUGGACUUUGUUUCAGAAGAAGGUAGGAGAAGAAACAUUAAAGUCUCAUCCACAUAUACUGAGGCUUGCAAAGAUUGUUGCUAAAGAGUGCAAAGGUUUACCUCUCGCUUUGGUUACUGUUGGGCGAGCCAUGGUGGGUGAGAAAGAUCCCUCAAAUUGGGACAAGGUAAUACAAGAUUUGAGCAAAUUUCCAACUGAAAUUUCAGGUAUGGAAGAUGAAUUGUUUAAUAAAUUAAAAGUCAGUUAUGAUAGAUUGUCUGACAAUGCCAUCAAAUCUUGUUUUAUACAUUGUUCCUUAUUCUCUGAAGAUGUGGUGAUUCGUAUUGAAACCCUUAUAGAGCAGUGGAUUGGAGAGGGACUUUUGGGUGAAGUUCAUGACAUAUACGAAGUGCGCAAUCAAGGGCAUAAAAUUGUUAAAAAGCUAAAGCAUGCAUGUUUAGUGGAGAGUUACAGUUUAAGAGAAAAAUGGGUUGUGAUGCAUGAUGUGAUCCACGAUAUGGCUUUAUGGUUAUAUGGUGAAUGUGGGAAGGAAAAGAACAAAAUUUUAGUGUACAAUGAUGUUUUUAGGUUGAAGGAAGCUGCAAAAAUUUCAGAACUUAAAGAGACGGAGAAGAUGUCAUUAUGGGAUCAGAAUCUUGAGAAGUUCCCUGAAACAUUGAUGUGUCCCAAUCUCAAGACUUUAUUUGUGAGGAGAUGUCAUCAGUUGACGAAAUUUUCGAGUGGAUUCUUUCAAUUUAUGCCUCUAAUUAGAGUUUUGAAUUUGGCAUGCAAUGAUAAUUUAAGUGAGUUACCUAUUGGGAUUGGUGAAUUGAAUGACUUGAGAUAUCUUAAUUUGUCAUCCACAAGAAUAAGAGAGUUGCCCAUUGAGCUAAAAAAUUUGAAAAAUUUGAUGAUUUUGCAUUUGAAUUCUAUGCAAUCCCCUGUAACUAUCCCACAAGACUUGAUAUCAAAUCUCAUAUCUUUAAAGUUGUUCAGCCUGUGGAAUACCAAUAUUUUAAGUAGAGUUGAAACCUUGCUUGAGGAGUUGGAGUCCUUGAAUGACAUCAAUCAUAUACGAAUCAGCAUAUCUAGUGCUCUUUCAUUGAACAGAUUAAAGAGAAGCCACAAAUUAUAGA